GUGUUUAAAAGGACGAGGACCUCGCCGAUUUACGAAGUCUCUGCGACUGCGAGUCGUCGUUGCAGGGCCGCCCUCCGUCCAGAGUCGUCCGCCGCCUUGAUUUAAAGGUGCACAUCCCCGUCGCCUGUCGCCUGCCGGAUUUAGCCUGGGUCAGGAUCCCUGCUGCUGCUGUCCUCGUGUCCCCGUGCCUGCGGCCUCCUGGCGACAUGGGCGGCGGGCGCCUGCUCGCUUUAGUGCUGGCUCUGUCCCUCACGUGCUGCUUCGCGCAAGAGCUGACUGAAUGGACGGCGUGGUUCAACAUUGACCACCCCGGCGGGAACGGGGACUACGAGCGCCUGGAGGCCAUACGCUACUACUACCGGGGCCGCGUGUGUGCACGCCCGCUGGACGUGGAGGCGCGCACCACCACCUGGGUGCCCGCCGAGCACACGGGCGAGGUGGUGCAUUUCAGCCCCGAGCAGGGCUUCUGGUGCAUCAACAAGGAGCAGACGCCGGGCAGCGAGUGCUCCAACUACCACGUGCGCUUCCUCUGUCCAGUCGAGUCGGUGAGCAGAUGGACCAAGUGGUCGGGCUGGAGCAGCUGCUCUGCCAGCUGUGGGCCGGACGGGGUGCAGACCCGGCGGCGGGAGUGCAUGCCGAGCACGCCAGACGCGUCGUGCCCUGGCGCGAACGUCGAGGAACGAAGCUGCUUCCCGCCUCCUCGAACCUGUAUCCUAUUGCGAACUCGGCCAGCGGUCAAACGUGGCAAGGGACCUCCCGUUAAAGCCUGCGCGCUGCAGUGUCCGGAGGGGCGGCCGGACACGUCUUGCCGCGUGUGCCUCUGCGAGGGCCACACCAUCUACGGGCGGGUGGCAGAGGACGGCGGGGCACCGCUCGCCGGCGCUACCAUGCGUCUCACGCCGCCCUCCGCGGUGCAGCAGCUCGUGCCCGAGCGCGCGCUCGCCCGCACCGACCACAACGGCGUGUUCGAGAUGCACGGCGUGUGCGCCAGCAACCACACGGAGCUGGGCGUGCACCGCGACCGCUUCGCCCCAGCGGUCUUUCGGGUGCAGCCCAAGGUUCGCGGCAAAGGCAUCCUGCGUGCCACCCUGCAGCUGGCCGAAAAGCCACAAAUUGUCAAGCACCCGGAGAGCCGAGCUCGGUUUGAGGGCCAGAGUGUCACCUUUUGCUGCAAAGCCACAGGACACCCCCUGCCCACCAAAUACAUCUGGUACCACAAUGGCUCCAUGCUGCAGGGAGGACACAAACAAGAUAGCAGCCUGGUGCUUUCUAAUCUUCGGCUCCACCAAGCUGGCGAUUACCACUGCAAGGCUGUGAGCGAGGUUGGCGCUGUGAAAUCCUUCCCAGCCAAGCUCUCGUUGCUGCCUGCGAAGGACCCGGCCUGUAACCCCACGCCCACGGCGAAUCUCAUCCGUCUGCCACACGACUGCUUCCAGAACGACUCAAACUCCCUCUACAUGGACGUCGGCGCCUGCCCCAGCAAGCCUUGCGCCGGAGCCGCCGAUUUUGGCGAGUGCGGCGACCCCAUCAAGCACUGCUGCGGCGUGGCGCGCACGGAGGAGCGCGACAUAGCCUGCCAGGGCUACAAGCUCACCACCAUGGCGGUCACCGAGUGCGGCUGCGGGAAGUGCGUCAGGCCCAAGGUGUUGGUGCGCGGGCGAGCGGUGGCGGCCGACAACAACGAGCCCCUGCGCUUCGGGCAGAUCUACAUCGGCAAGAACCGCGUCGGGUUCACGGGGUACAAAGGCACCUUCAGCUUCCCGGUGCCCGAGGAGACCGAGAGGCUGGUCGUGACGUUCGUCGACCCUUCGCAGAAGCUGGUGGACUCGACUAAAGUGUUGCCCUUCAACAAAAAGGGAGGCACCGUUUUCAUUGAGGUCAAGAUGCUGCGGAAAAAGCCGCACGUCACGCUGAACCCAGCCGUCGCUAAUAUAGUCCCUCUUGGGGAGGCAGAGGGCCAAGAUCCCAUCGCCGAGAUGGAAAUCCCGCCGAACUCCUUCUACCUGGCUAACGGAGAGGUGUACAGCGGCUUCGUCAAAGCCAGUGUUACAUUUUUAGAUCCACGCGUGAUAGCAACGUCAGCUGCUGCACCGAGCGACCUGAACUACAUUGACACGGAAGGUGACAUUUUCCCCCUUAGGACGUAUGGAAUGUUUUCGGUGGACUUCAAAGACGAGCAACUGCAGGAAACACUCAACUCGGGCAAAGUGAAGAUUUACAUCGACUCCAACCAAAUAAAAAUGCCGGAGCAUCACAACAAAAUGAAGCUCUGGUCAUUGAACACUGAGACGGGGCUUUGGGAGGAAGAGGCUGAUUUCAAGUACUCGGAGAGUCGCCGUAGUAAGAGGGAAGAGCGUACAUUUUUGAUUGGAAAUGUUGAGAUCCGUGAACGGCGAAUGUUUAACCUAGACGUUCCCGAGGAGCGGCGCUGCUACGUCAAAGUGCGCACGUAUCGAAGUGAAAGCUUCAUGCAGAGCGAACAAGUUCAAGGAGUUGUGGUUUCGCUCAUAAACAUGGAGCCCAAGGCCGGCUUUGCCAGCAAUCCGCGGGCAUGGGGCCGCUUUGACAGCGUGGUGACUGGUCCCAACGGAGCCUGCCUACCUGCCUUCUGCGACAGCCUCCAGCCAGAUGCCUACACAGCCUACGUGACAGCGAGUCUGGGUGCCGAGGAGCUAGAAGCCGCUCCAUCAUCACCCAAACUCAACCCCAACCUGGUGGGCGUGACGCGCCCCUUCCUCGACAAGCUGCAGUACCAGCGGACGGACCACGAAGAUUCGGCCGUAAAGAAGACAGCUUUUAAAAUCAACCUCGCCAAGCCUGAUCCCAACCUCCCAGACGAGACGAAUGGCCCCAUUUAUGCUUUUGUUAAUCUCAAGGAGUGUGAGCAGGCACCGUACUCGGCCAACCAUUUCCGCUUCUACAGAGUGGAGGGUGACAGGUACGAGUUCAACAAGAUACCCUUUAAUGAAAAUGACCUCAUGUCCUGGACGGCCAACUAUUUGUCUUGGUGGCCCAAGCCACAGGAGUUCCGUGCCUGCUACGUCAAGGUGAAGAUCAAUGGGCCCAAGGAGGUGAUGAUUCGCUCGAGUAACGUUGGCGGCACGCACCCAGCCACCACGGGCCAACUAUACGGCAUGCGCGACGUGCGCAGCGUCAAGGACAUGACCUACCCCAACGUGUCGGCUGCCUGUGUUGAGUUCAAGUGCGGGGGCAUGCUCUACGACGAGAGCCGCAUCGACCGCACCCUGGUGACCGUCGUUCCGCAGGGAGACUGCCAGCGUCAGAGCGUGAACGCCAUCCUGCAGGAAUACCUGGCCAACCACCCUCCCCUUGCCACCAACAAUGCGAGCCAAGCUUUCACCAUGUUCGCCCCGCUCGACCCACUGGGCCACAACUACGGCAUUUACACGGUGACGGACCAGGACCCUCGCACGGCCAAGGAGAUCGCGCUCGGCCGCUGCUUCGACGGGACGUCCGACGGGGCGUCGCGUGUCAUGAAGAGCGACGUGGGCAUCGGCCUCAUGUUCGCCUGCCGCGAGCGGGCGGUUGGGCGCGAGAGCCUCUUCGAGAGGGUGCGCAAUUCCCCGCCCGUGGUCACGCGCACGCAGUCGUCCCGGGUCGGCGUGGCGUCCGGAGGGAGGACCCGCAACGGAGGGCUGCGGCGGAGGGGAGCGACGGUUCGCGGAGGCAGGGCCUUCACCAGAGUCCGCGAAAUGCAGAGCGGUGGCACGGCGAGGGCGAGCCAAUGAGAGCGCGGACAUCAACCGAGCGGCCAACCACCGACAAAAUAUUUACGUGGACAAAAAAAAAAUAGUGGGACGUGUGCUUGCGUCACGUGAAGUAGCAGCAUCGUCUCUGUUUUGUGAUAAAUAUGUGGUAUUUUUGUCCACGUGAAGAUGUGUUGUGCACGGUGAAAUGAUGUAAUGCAGUUAAUCGUUUUCGGUGGCUGAUGAAAACUGGAAAAAUUCCAUUCAACUGCCAUUCAAUUUCAUUGCAGUUAUUGCACUUGAAAAUGUAAUUGGUUGCUUUUGCCAAACAUCACUUUCUCAUGUAUAUGACCUUUACCCAUAAUAUUAUUUUUUUCCGUAUGACCUCUGCUCAUAAUAAUUUUAACAAUCGUUUCAAGUAGAUUUUGAUUUAAAGCUUUCGUGACUGCAGGGAUUCAUAUUCUUGGUUCUUUCGGUAAAGUCACGUAGAAGGGAAACAAAAUAAUAAAAAUAAUAUUGUUUCCCUUCUACGUGACUUUACCGAAGGAACCAAGAAUAUACAUUACAAGUAGAUCUAUUAUGACAUUACCAACAUCCCUAACAUGCAUGCAGUGGAACAAUAGCAGAGAUUGUUGUAAAUACAGUGAUAUGUUUAAUAUCACAAUAGCCUGGGAUAUUUUUCAAGUCAAUGUUUUGAUCACGAAUCAACAAUGAGAAUUUAAUAGCUGGGUCAGCUGGCAUCACCAAAAGCUUUGAAUUUUUGCUAAUUACACAUGUGCACACACGUCCAAUACCCACAAAUGUGGAUAUUGUUGCAGUAUUCAACAGAUGACUUCAUUGUCUAAAAUAAGACUUCAAUAAAGGUGCUCAAAAACUAUGAAUUAC